ACCUUCUCCGAUAUAUUGCCAACAAUUCAGCCCAAUUAGUCAUACACUUUGAAUAUCAUUAUAUCCAACUAUAUAUAUCUUCAAAGUUGGAUUAUGCAAAUGGCCUCUUCAGAAGAAACCAAAAGCCAAAUCCAUUCCAGUAACACUGAGGAAGAUCACGAGAAACAAGCUUCCUCAUACGCAAUGCUGCUUGUCAAUUCAGUCACUCUGCCCAUGACUCUGCAUGCUGCACUUCAGCUGGACACUUUCCAUAUCAUAGCCAAAGCCGGAGCUGAUGCCAAGCUGCCCACACAAGAAAUAGCAACCUACAUCUGUGUGAAGUACUUUAUCCGGAAUGAAGAUGGCAUUUCAUUGGGACCCUUGAUGACUUUGCUUCAGGACAAGAUCUUCUUGGAUAGUUGGUCUCAAUUGAAGGAUGCAAUUGUUGAGGGAGAACUUCCAUUUGACAGGGUCUAUGGAACUCAUGACUUUGGAUACCCUGCCAAAGACUCCAGAUUCAAUCACGUUUUUAACAAAGCAAUGAUCAGUCAUAGCACCAUUGUUAUCAAGGAAAUCCUUGAGUCCUACAAGGGAUUUGAGCACCUCACCCGUUUGGUCGAUGUUGGUGGUGGUUUAGGAGUCACCCUCAGCUUCAUCACUUCCAAAUACCCUUCCAUAAAGGGUAUUAAUUUCGACUUGCCUCAUGUUGUUCAACACGCCCCUCCUUACCCAGGGGUUGAACAUGUGGGAGGAGAUAUGUUCCAUAGUGUUCCUAAGGGAGAUGCCAUAUUUAUGAAGUGGAUACUACAUGACUAGAGUGAUGAUUACUGUGUUAAAUUGUUGAAGAAUUGUUAUGAUGCUAUACCUGACCAUGGAAAAGUAAUCGUUGUGGACACAAUUGCUCCAGUUUUGCCCGAUUCAGUGGCAUCAAAAAUGAAUGUUUGGUAUUUAACUCCUGGCUUAUGGAGUUUUUUAAGUAACACCUAAUACUCACUAAAAGUUGUAAUCCUAUAGAGUGUGCAAGGUGUUUGAUCUUUUGCCUGAGUGAAUUUCUAGUGAAAACAUUUUAUUUGCCAUUCGGCACCGAAUGUGGUAUUUGACAAUUAUUUCUGCUAUUAACAGGACACAAUAAUAUGAAUGCUCUGUUUAGGCAGCAAAGCAGAGCGCCAUUCAUUAUUUAUUUA